CUGCGUGGCCUUGAUCUUAGUGCCAAUAUUUUUUCAUUAAAUAGACAAACAGUCUGGAGUCUCCAUUUAACGAAAUUCCAAAAUGAGUCCUAAUUCACGGCGCUGCUUCAUGCUGCUCACCAUCGCAUUAUCGUUUCUAGCUCUGCGGCUAAUCGAUGGUUUCAUAAGUCUAAAGGAGCCUGUUCUGGCCACUCACAGUCGAGAAAUUCAGGAGAUCCAAGACGAUUUUGUGCAUCUGGCAGAUAAUUGCUCCAUAGAGAAGCUGAUGGUGGACGACUCCCUGGAGUAUCUUCAGAUUAGUUGCCAUGUGGAUGAUCAGCCAGAGGGAUACGGCAGACGAAUGAAGCCCGUCGAUUAUGGCCGGAGUUUCUUCCUCAACCAGCGGAUGCCGAAGCCUUUGAAGCGCCAGUGGAAUUUCCGAGUGUCCAAGAAUGCCGUGAAUGGACUCAGUCUGCUGACUUGAUUGAUUCGACUCCACUAGACUGAUAAAGAAAAUGUCUGAAAUGA